AUGACCGACCGCGAACAAAUAACGCCGCAGAAACGCAUGCGGUUAGGCACGCGCAGCUGCGCCGAAUGCCGCCGCCGAAAGGUCCGCUGUGUUUUCCAAGAAGAGAGUGCAGUAUGUGUGGCCUGCAUGUUGCAUGGUGUGACAUGCCGAGCUCAGCAACCUGCCACUGCGCUGAUUCCUGCACCCAAGACAGCCCGCGCCGCUAACAUCGACAACGGAUCAACUCGGACCGGAGAAGAAGGUUCCUCAUUGGCCCUGUUACAGAAGCUUGAUGAGAUGGAGUCGAUGAUCAAAGAAAUCCGAGGCAGUGGUGCGCUGACCGGGGCAUCAACUGUCGCUACGGGGUCAAAGUCGCUUUCGUCCGGGAUCUCGGAUGAGCUUGAGGAAGCUGAACGGCGACGUCUUUUAUCCACAGCCGCCACAACACCAUCACCGUCGAAUUCCGGCCUCGAACCAAAUAGAACGAAAACGGCACAUCACAGUGCCACCGACGCCCUCGAUGCCUUUGGCAACACACCGUUGGUGACGCUCUUCCGGGAAGCAUUACGCUUACCCGAAAGUCACGGAAGCUCUGAUGGAGCAGCAGCAAAAAUCUCAACGUCCCCUGAGCUACCAACCAAGGGACCGGCACUCUUUCAGCAGCCUUGUGUGACAGGAUUUUCCCGCAGCAUGCUGCUAACUGACGCGUGCCUUCGUGCGGUUGUGGAUGCAACAACCUCGUGUUUUGCCGUCUUUCCACCCUGCGCCCUUUUCCAGCAACCGGCAGCAAACCACACUCCUGCUGUAACACCAACCAUGUUGAAUACGGCAGAUGCAGCAACGGCGACUGCAGAUAUCCGCGCUGCUCUAUGGUCCGACAACGUCGACGCAGCGGCCAAGGCCGUGGUUUUGGUUGCGCUAUGUUUGUACGAGCUACCUCAGUCGUGGACUGCCCAGUACACCGAGCUCGCUGACACGCGGUCCCUGAUUGACAUUUACCGGCGCCAAGCGGCACGGAUGCUUUCAAUAUUAUCCGAAAAUGGCAACUGCACACGCGAUGGUGUGGAGGCGCGAUGUCUCCAAGUCAAACUGAACGUAGACCUUGGCCUGCCGCGCAGGGCGUGGCUUACCGCUCGCAAAGCGGUCAGUGACUGUCUCAUCCUUGGGUACCACCGUGCCGGCCGCCAGGGCAAACCGCAUGAGCAGACUCUGUGGAAUUUUGCCGUACACAUAGAGCGGGAAACAUCCAUGAUUAUGGGAAUGCCGUCGUCGAUUUGCGGCCACGCCAAAUACCUUCUUCCGAUCUUGCCGAUGGAUGACAUAAGUUUGAUACCCGAGUUUCGUCUUCUGCACGAGAUGACGUCCCUCCUGGGUGCUGUGAUAGACCACUACCAGACCAUUAUGGCUCCGCCACCACCAGGUGUCGUCACAACAGACAAUCUUGGCCCAAACUAUGCAAAAACGUUCGAGUUGGACCAGGCAUGGGAGUCCUGUCGGCAAAUUAUGCCGGCAGUCUUUUGGCUUGAAGAUCACACGUCACCUGCGAUCCGCGACCUCAGCUUCGUUGACCUAUCCAUACGCCAGACCACCAAGAUGCGCUACUUCAUCAUCGGUCGUCAUAUCCAUCUUCCGUAUGUUCUCAAGGCUAAAAAUGACCGGCGAUAUAUGUACAGUCGAACUACCUGCCUCGACGCAUCGCGCGAGACGAUUGCCGCGUACCAGGUAAUUCGUAACAGGGGAAACGAAACCUGGUCUCCAUGCGGAAUGAUUGAUUUCGAAACUUUCUCAGCUGCAAUGGUCCUGGCAUUGGCCAUGCUCCAGGACUCUCCUUCAAAUUGCGCAAGUGGCUCUCGCGAACGAACCCGCCAGGAAGUAGAAGACUACAACCUUCUUGUCGACCUGUCUCUCUCACUGCGCAAGACUCAUCUUCUUAGGGGAAGCUGUACCGUUGCCCAUCGAGCCGCCGAUGUGAUGGAUAUUAUUCUUCCCAUACUCCAAGGACAAUAUCGGCGGUCAACCCAGGUCGGUGCAAUAUCGAACACCACAACGGCCGAUCACGACAUAAACAUUCCCUUUUUUGGGCGAUUGCGAGUGACGUUUUCCCAUGUGGAUGUUGACGAGUCACUGAACCAGUCAUUGUCGCCGUUUUCCGUACCGCAAACGCGGGCAUUGGACGGAACGGACUUGUCCGGCACAUCGCAACCUGCACGAAUACCCUAUGCCGAAGCGCCUCCGGCUAUUGAGUUUGGUGUACCCUUUUGCAAUCUCGACUUCCAUAACAAUUUUGAUUUUGACUUGGAAUUGAACGCAGACUGGAUGAAUGGCGAUGAUAUGGGGAUAUAUGAUUGGACCACAAUGCUGGCCCCGGGGCUGGCAUAA